UCUCUCUCUCUGGCAUUAUUCUUCCUCCUCCUCUCCUCCUUGUCAAUCCCAAACCCCACUGAGAUUUUUUCAUCUUUUUGUUUUUUUUAGCCGAUGCUCCAUGGAGUCUCUCACAGUGGAGUAGAGAGGAAUGCCACCUAAUCCAAAACCAGUCUCCUCCCUUCCCUUUAAAUCGAGCGCUUCGGUCGACACUGCCUCUCGGGGUCUCGGAAACUCGCCGUCUCGUUCUUGAAUCUCCGAAAGUUCCGAACUUUGAGCCUCCCCAGGCUCCGUUGUGCCGAAAAAUCCGUUUUUGAGCAUCUGGGUAUGCCCCAUGAUGGCCUCCGUUGAAAUGUCCCGCGUCGAUUUGGAGCGAGGCGAAACCCACGACCGCCACGUCGGGAGCAGCGACGACGACGACGACGACGACGACGAGAGCCUCUGUUUCUCCGACGCCGACGACGGCAGCGGCUCGAGCUACUCCCAGUUCUACUCCACUGCCGGAGGGUCCUACGACGAGUCCAACUUCUCCCGCGUGCUGGACGUGGACUACGACGCCGAGGGCGGGUCGGGGAGGCCAUCGUCGGCGUCGGAUUGCUCGGUGGUGGCCGAGGGAGGAGGGAGGGAGGUGAAGGUGCAUUUGGCGAGAGCGGAGAGAGAGAGGGACUGCAGGAUUUGCCACUUGGGGUUGGAGAGCAACAGCCACGAAUCCGGGGCUCCGAUCCAACUGGGCUGUUCUUGCAAGGGCGAUUUGGGUGCUGCCCACAAGAAUUGUGCAGAGGCCUGGUUCAAGAUCAAGGGAAACAAGACCUGCGAGAUCUGUAACUCCAUUGCACGGAACGUUACUGGCGUCAGUGAGGUAGAGUCGGUCGAGCAGUUGACCAUAGAGAUCGACAAUCCCGCCGCCUCAUCGGCCGUCCCGGCCGCCCCAACGCUGUCUUCAGAGACCCGGAACUUCUGGCAGGGCCACCGCUUCUUGAAUUUGCUGCUUGCUUGCAUAGUAUUUGCCUUUGUCAUAUCGUGGCUUUUCCACUUCAACGUGCCGUCGUCGUAGACUCGGGUCGCCGCACUCUCUUCACACGUAAAAAUUCAAGGGACUUAGCAGUCGCUUUUACGAGUAAAAUUUACAGAAAGGAAAAAAGAAGGGAAAGUAGGGAAUUUUCCAUUUACCAUCUUCAAAGCAAUUUACAUGUGGAGUCAUUCUGUGCAAUUUUAGUGUGCUCCUCCAUGGACAAUCAGAGGUACAUGUUUAUGGGAGUGUUUUCUCAUGAUUCAAGAGCGUACGGCUAUUAAAUUUUCUUCCUUCUUGCGUUGACAUUAUAUGUGGUUUGGCACUAAAUUGGAGUUCCCUGUCAAAAGGGUCAGGAAGUGUGCAACUGUAUAUAUAUUCAUCAUUGCCCUGCUAACGCCCUUGAUGAUAGCUUAUCAUCAUUGAAGCCGUCUUGUAAAGUCUAAUCCUGAUUUUCAAGCCAUUUAUUGCGAAUAUUUAAUGUUUUAUUUGCUA